UCGAGUCAUGAUGGCGUCGUUUCUCCUUGUGUCAAUAUUGACGAUCCUAACAAGUAUUGCCGGUCACGUGACCGGAGAUUACGUUCGGGUAUGUUACCAUACCAACUGGUCACAAUACCGGCCAGCUGAGGGGAAAUUCUUUCCGGAAGAGAUUCCUGCAGAUUUGUGCACCCAUAUUGUGUAUUCCUUCGGCAAGCUUUUAGACAACAAAAUAUUGGCAUAUGAGUGGAAUGACGACAGCAAUGAUUGGAUGGUUGGGAUGUAUGAGAGAACAAUGAAUCUUAAAGAGCAGAACCCGAGCCUCAAAAUAUUGCUUGCUAUAGGGGGUUGGAACCAUGGCACGGCCGAAUUCGUUAAAACUGUUGAAACAGAAAGCAAAAUGCAUGAAUUUGCGCAGCACGCAAUCACGUUUUUGAGAAAACGGAAUUUCGAUGGCCUUGACCUUGAUUGGGAAUACCCAGGGUCACGCGGAAGUCCACCGGAAGAUAAACAGCGUUUCACGGAGUUUGUUAGGAUUUUAAAGGAGGAAUUUCAGAAUGAGGCAGCUUCUUCAGGAAAUGAAACUCUUAUGCUAACCGCCGCAGUGGCUGCUGGGAAAAAUACAACAGACGACGGAUAUGAAAUUAAUAAAAUUGCUGCUGAUCUGGAUUACAUAUUCCUGAUGUCGUAUGAUCUCCAUGGGGCGUGGGAAACAGAACUUGGACACAACAGCCCAUUGUACUCUAGGAGUGACGAAGAAGGCACUGACUUAUUUCUUAACCAGGAUUGGGCAGUGGACCACUGGCUGUCGAAUGGGACACCAUUGAACAAGCUAGUAAUGGGUAUCGCUACCUACGGGAGAACUUUUACACUGGCUAAUGCUAAUAAUCACAGCAUGGGAGCGGCGGCCCGAGGGGCGGGGUCGGCAGGGAAAUACACCAGAGAGGGAGGGUUUCUCUCCUACUACGAGAUCUGUGACAGUAUCCGGAAGAAUCACUGGACAAUAGUCCGUCACCCAGAACACGAUGUGCCGUAUGCCUACGGCGGCGACCAGUGGGUCGGUUAUGAUGACGUAACGAGCGUCGGGGUAAAAACGGAUUAUAUCAAAGCCAAGGGUCUUGCCGGGUCAAUGGUAUGGGCUAUAGACUUGGAUGAUUUUAAGGGUGAAUUUUGUAACCAAGGCAAGUACCCCUUGCUUCAUGCUAUAAAAAAUAACCUUGAGGCUGGUGGAAUACCCGUCAUCACAACUCAAGCACCAACCUUCACUACCUCACAAAUACCUGCGUCUACCCAGUCGCCUCCACAAACACCGGCGCCUACCACAAUGCCUCCACAAACACCGGCGCCUACCACAAUGCCUCCACAAACACCGGCGCCUACCACAAUGCCUCCACAGACACCGGCGCCUACCACAAUGCCUCCACAGACACCGGCGCCUACCACAAUGCCUCCACAGACACCGGCGCCUACCAUAAUGCCUCCACAAACCUCGGCACCUACCCAGACGCCUGAAGAAACAACAACAUCGGCACAGUCAUCUACAAACAUUCCAUGUGGCGCAGCCGUAACUUGUCCGGAUGCACACCUGUCAGGUGACGCUUGUGAUCCAAACAAAUUUUUUUUCUGCAACCAUGGUCAGCCAAUGCGGAUGUCCUGUUCACCAGAACUCAUUUGGAGCAACGCGAUGAAGUCAUGUAUCCAUUCAGCUUUCUAUAACGGAUUUCAUCAGGAUAACAGCGUCACAUCGACCUCUUCCACGCCAUCACCGACCAACAUCCCGGGAGGCCAAACCUGCUCUGGACCUUCUGAAUGUCCAGACGGAAAGUAUAUUGCAGACCCUUGUAAUGAGGGAUGUUAUUAUCAAUGUGCCUUUAGACGGGGCUUUAAACAUUGUUGUCCAAGUGGCACGCGCUGGAAUACUGCAUUCAGUACGUGUACGUUCUUAUACCAGCAGGGGCCUAAUGAACAUUUCAAGAUGGCGUCCACACGCGCUCUUGAGAUACUUACGGCAUUGCUGUUGACUGUGGGUUUAGUAACAGGAGGCUAUGUCCGUGUGUGCUACCACAACACCGCAUCCUUCCACCGUUUGUCCGCCGGUCAAUUUACACCCGAAGACAUCAACCCACAUCUCUGUACUCAUAUCAUCUACUCCUUCGCUCAGAUAUCUAACAACGACCUGAAUGGGACAAAUGUGAAUGAUGAGAGUACAUCUAAUGAGACUGGCAUGUUCGAGAGAACAAUUUCCCUAAAGAAAAAGAACCCACACCUUAAGAUCCUCCUGGCCGUGGGAGGUUGGCUCCAGGGCACUGCUUCGUUUGUCGAGCUGGUUGCAAAAGAGUCUAACAUGCGUUUGUUUGCCAACAAUGUAGUCAAGUUUCUUCGAGAUCGAGACUUCGAUGGAUUCGACAUUGACUGGGAAUAUCCCGGUCAUCGCGGGAGUCCACCCCAGGACAAGCAGCGCUUCACCACCCUCAUACAGAUAUUAAGAGACACAUUUGAGGAGGAAGCGACGAGGACGGGUCGGAAGUGUCUCUUGUUGACUGCAGCAGUGGCGGCCAGUCAGUGGAUCACUCAGUCCGCGUAUGAGGUGACGAAGAUAUCCGGAAAUCUGGAUUUCAUCUUCCUGAUGACGUAUGAUUUACAUGGACCGUGGGACCAUCGCCUUGGACACCAUAGUCCAUUAUACAAACGUACCGGCGAGUCACAUACCGACAGUCAACUUAACCAGGACUGGGCGGUGCACAACUGGCUAUCAUUGGGCGCCCCACGUGAUAAGUUGGUGAUGGGAAUAAGUCUGUAUGGACGAUCAUUUACAACGUGGUGGCCUUCAAGUGAACCGAAGAAGCUUGGGAUGGGCAGCAAAGGUGGCGGUGUACCUGGAGAAUAUACCAACGAGACGGGUAUUCUGGCUUAUUAUGAGGUAUGUGACAAAAUCCGGAACGAAGGCUGGACAGUGCAGCGUCAUUCCGAACACAUGGUGCCGUAUGCCUACAGCAGUGAUCAGUUUGUGGGUUACGAUGACGAGGAGAGCGUUAGAGUGAAGACCGAGUAUAUAAAGACCCAAGGUCUAGCAGGUGCCAUGGUUUGGUGUUUAGACCUGGAUGAUUUCAGCGGUCAAUUUUGCAACAAAGGUCCUUACCCUCUUCUACGGAAGAUAAAUGAUGUUUUAGGAUCCGGUCAAAACCCGAAAAGUACCACUACUCCGAAGAAAAGAACGACACCGAAACCAACUCAGAGAAAAACAACCGCGCACAAACCAACUCAGAGAAAAACAACCGCGCCCAAACCAACUCCAAGAAAGACAACCGCGCACAAACCAACUCAGAGAAAAACAACCGCGCCCAAACCAACUCCAAGAAAGACAACCGCGCACAAACCAACUCAGAGAAAAACAACCGCGCCCAAACCAACUCCGAAAAAGACAUCUCCGCCAACAACACCAGCUGUCGGACCAACGAGCAUAUCUUGUGAUGUACCAAGUCGCUGUCCACACGGAGGAUUCCUGGCGGAUCCAUGUGACCAGAGAUGUUAUUACCAAUGUUCCCAUGGCACUGCUCAUCACCGAUGUUGUAUUUCCGGUCUCCAUUGGCAUACGAACUGGAACUCGUGCGGUUUUCCAUUAUAACCAGUCCAAAUAACAUGUGCCUUGUCAUGUUAAAUAGCUUAUGCAUCAAUAUAUCGUAUAAGAUGAUACGAAA